AUGCGAUGGGGACUGGGAAAUGGGACUAGAGAGGAGAUGGAAGACGCAGACAUCUUCUCGGGGGCCAUAUUCAUCAAUCUGGCCUUAGGCCUGAAUCUGUAUUUGGCUAUCUUUCUCUUAUUGGCAAUUACUGCCCUUUAUACAAUUACAGGGGGCCUGGCGGCAGUGAUUUACACGGACACCUUGCAGACGGUGAUCAUGCUGGUGGGGUCUUUAAUCCUGACUGGGUUUGUUUCUCAGGCAUCUAUGGAAAGAAGCUGCUAUGAAGAGCUGAAGGUUUCAGAAUGUUCAUUUCUGUACCGAUGUUUUCCAGCUUUUCACGAAGUGGGAGGCUAUGACGCCUUCAUGGAAAAGUACAUGAAAGCCAUUCCAACCGUGGUUUCUGAUGGCAACACCACCUUUCAGGAAAAGUGCUACACUCCGAGGGCCGACUCAUUCCACCUCUUCCGAGAUCCCCUCACGGGAGACCUCCCGUGGCCUGGGCUCAUCUUUGGGAUGUCCAUCCUUGCCCUGUGGUACUGGUGCACAGAUCAGGUCAUUGUGCAGCGCUGCCUCUCAGCCAAGAAUAUGUCUCACGUGAAGGCUGGCUGCACCCUGUGUGGGUACCUAAAGGUUCUGCCCAUGUUCAUUAUGGUGAUGCCAGGAAUGAUCAGCCGCAUUCUGUACACAGACAAAAUUGCCUGUGUCGUCCCCUCAGAAUGUGAGAAAUAUUGCGGUACCAAGGUUGGCUGUACCAACAUCGCCUAUCCAACCUUAGUGAUGGAGCUCAUGCCCAAUGGACUGCGAGGCCUGAUGCUGUCAGUCAUGCUGGCCUCCCUCAUGAGCUCCCUGACAUCCAUCUUCAACAGCGCCAGCACCCUCUUCACCAUGGACAUCUACACCAAGGUCCGCAAGAGAGCAUCUGAGAAAGAGCUCAUGAUUGCCGGAAGGUUGUUUAUCCUGGUGCUGAUCGGCAUCAGCAUCGCCUGGGUUCCCAUUGUGCAGUCAGCACAAAGUGGGCAACUCUUCGAUUACAUGCAGUCCAUCACCAGUUACCUGGGACCACCCAUUGCAGCUGUCUUCCUGCUUGCUAUUUUCUGGAAGAGAGUCAAUGAGCCAGGAGCCUUCUGGGGACUGAUCCUAGGAUUUCUGGUUGGGAUUUCACGUAUGAUUACUGAGUUUGCUUAUGGAACCGGGAGCUGCGUAGAGCCCAGCAACUGUCCCACGAUUAUCUGUGGGGUGCACUACUUGUACUUUGCCAUUAUCCUCUUUGCCAUUUCUGUCAUCACCAUCGUGGUCAUCUCCCUCCUCACCAAACCCAUUCCGGACGUGCAUCUCUACCGUCUGUGUUGGAGCCUGCGCAACAGCAAAGAGGAGCGUAUUGACCUGGAUGCAGAAGAGAACAUCCAAGAAGUCCCUAAGGAGACCAUUGAAAUAGUAACUGAGCUUUCAGUCAUCGACCUGACCCUGCGUUUUCCCUCACGCUCCAAUUCUGCUUCCUAUAACUGCCUCCCACUGUACUCUCACAGUCAGGAUGACCACGGGUCAGGCCCUGGGGCUGUGGGACACUCCACCCGCCAGGUCCCCUAUCGCCUUCGCCUAGGCAGCUGCCAUGCUUGCGCCCCCACGGCUCUAGGGCCAAUAGGCAGGCCCUACUGCUGGGACUCGAACGGCUAUUGGUUGGCCGAGCCGUGGUGA